ACUUGAGCAAACAAAUAGAAACCGAUUGGCAUGGGUGGGUCCGUACCGUCCGUUCAGCUGACGUGUCAAAAAGUUAAGUGAGGAUUGGAUGCAAACUGUAGGAUAACGACUGGAGGGAAACAGGAGCCAAACAGAGAAACCAGAGUUGAUCUACGUUUUUGAGAUCGAAAUCGAAGCGUAGAUGUUAACGCAAUUUCGUUUCAUGUUUCGAAAUCAAAGAUGAGUAGUGUAAACAACAACAACAACAACAGUGUCGACACCGUUACCGCCGCCGCAACCGCCAUAGUUUCGGCUGAGUCUCGUCCCCAGCCCGCCGCCGUCGUCCAGAAAAGAAGAUGGGGCAGCUGCUGGAGCCUUUACUGGUGUUUUGGGUCUCAUAAGAGUAGCAAGCGGAUUAGCCAUGCUGUCCUUGUUCCUGAACCAGUUGAAACUGGAGCUGCAGCCCCAGUUGCUGAAAAUCUGAUCCACUCAACUGCCAUUGUCCUUCCCUUUAUUGCUCCUCCCUCUUCGCCUGCAUCUUUCCUUCAAUCUGAUCCUCCAUCUGCCACCCAAUCGCCUGCUGGAUUGCUGUCCCUUACUUCCCUCUCUAUCAAUGCCUACUCUCCUGGUGGACCUAGAUCCAUUUUUGCCAUAGGUCCUUAUGCACAUGAAACCCAGCUAGUCACACCACCUGCAUUUUCUGCGUUCACUACUGGACCAUCUACUGCUCUUUGCACUCCCCCACCUGAAUCUGUUCAACUGACAACACCUUCAUCCCCUGAAGUGCCAUUUGCUGAACUCCUGACAUCUUCACUGGAACGUGCUCGACAAAACAGUGGGACCAAUCAGAAAUUUUCAUUAUCUCAUUACGAAUUUCAGUCAUAUCAGCUGUACCCAGGAAGCCCAGGUGGUCAACUCAUAUCUCCAGGCUCAGCUAUAUCUAAUUCUGGCACUUCUUCUCCUUUCCCAGAUAGGUGGCCUAUUAUUGAGUUCUAUAUGGGGGAAGCUCCCAAAGGCUUCGAACAUUUUACUACUCAGAAAUGGGGUUCGAGGCUAGGCUCUGGAUCUCUGACUCCAGAUGGUGUGGGGCUUGGUUCAAGGUUAGGUUCAGGAUCUUUGACGCCUGAUGGUGUGGGGCUUGGUUCAAGGCUAGGUUCAGGAUCUUUGACGCCUGAUGGUGUGGGGCCUGCCUCUCAGGAUGGAUUUCUUUUGGAGAAUCAGAUUUCUGAGGUAGUGUCAAGUGCCAAUUUGGAGAAAAAAUCUAAAAAUGAAGAACAUAUAAUUGAUCACAGAGUAUCAUUUGAGCUUAGUGGUGAAGAAGUUGCACGUUGUCUUGCUAAUAUAUCAGUUUCAUCACCAAGAAUUAUAUCCGAGUGUCCAUCAGACAUAGUGGCAGAGUGCCAAAUACCAAGAGAAGGGAAAUUAAAAGAUAGCGAUAAUAGUUUUGAGCUGUAUUCUGCAGAUACUUCCAAUGAAAUACCUGAAAAAACUUUGGGAGAACUGGAAGAGGAGCAUUUUUUUCGAAAACAUCGAUCAAUCACUCUUGGGUCAAUCAAAGAGUUCAACUUUGACAACACAGAAGGAGAAGUUUCUGAUAAGCCCUUGAUCAGCUCUGAGUGGUGGGCCAAUGAGAAGGUUGAUGGAAAGGAAUCUACACCUUCCAACAACUGGACUUUCUUCCCAGUGCUGCAAUCAGAGGUUUCCUGAAAGUUAAAUUCAAAUAUAGAUUCCGGUACUAAAAGCAGCUAGCCUAAUGGAUGUAACUCUGUAGGUUAUGCCAUCUUUUUAGUACGGCUUGGCAGUUGUUGAUCUACUGCUAAGGUGAGAGGGCUCUGUCUAAUCCCUUAUGCAUAGAGAAAAGUAGUUUGUAGGGAUGAAUAGUUUGGGUUUUGUUAGAGCAUUCUUUUAAUAUUUCUUUUCUUGAUGUUAUACAAAAAAUCGCAUCCACAUAUAGGUGUUGAAUUAGGGAUUAUUUUUUCCUGUUAUGUAUAAUAAGGAGAAAUAUUAUUUUCUGCUUUAA